GUCUCAGGCUGCAGCGGCCCCGCCCACGAUGGGAGGAAGUGGGCGAGGCGUAGUCGCACGGUCGCCGCGUACCCCACGAGGCCUGCGGCGCACGCGGAUGACGUAACCGGCGCGCCAAGAUUCGAGGCUCACCGGACAGCGGUAGCUGCUUCCACCAGGGACAGCUGCCAAGAUGGCCCUGGUCCUUCGCUUCUAUGUCCGGCCCUCUGGCCAUGAGGGGGCAGCCUCUGGACACACUCGAAGAAAACUGCAGGGGAAGCUGGCAGAGCUGCAGGGUGUGGAAACUGAGCUGUGCUACAACGUGAACUGGACAGCCGAGGCCCUCCCAGGUGCUAAGGAGAUGAAGAAGCUGAUGUGGCUGUUUGGCUGCCCCUUGCUGCUGGAUGAUGUUGCUCAGGAGUCCUGGCUCACCCCCGGCGCCAAUGACCUGCUGUUGGAGGUCGGGCCCAGGCUGAACUUCUCCACCCCGACAUCCACCAACAUUGUGUCCGUGUGCCACGCUGCUGGGCUGGGGGCUGUGGAUCGUGUGGAGGUUACCCGGCGCUACCGGCUUUCGUUUACCCACCCUCCUUCGGCUGAGGUGGAGGCUGUUGCUGUGGCUACCCUCCAUGACCGGAUGACGGAGCAGCACUUCCCCCACCCCAUCAAGAGCUUCUCCCCUGACAGCAUCCCAGCCCCGCUCCACGGCCCCAUCGAUAUCCUGGCUGAGGGGCGCUGUGCUCUGGAGAAGGCCAACCAGGAGCUAGGCCUGGCCCUAGACUCCUGGGACCUGGAUUUUUAUACCAAACGCUUCCAGGAGCUGCAGCGGAACCCCAGCACCGUGGAAGCCUUUGACUUGGCUCAGUCCAAUAGCGAGCACAGCCGACACUGGUUCUUCAAAGGUCAGCUCCAUGUGGACGGGCAGCAGCUGGCACACUCGCUGUUCGAGUCCAUUAUGAGCACCCAGGCGUCCUCCAACCCCAACAAUAUCCUCAAGUUCUGUGACAACAGCAGCGCAAUCCGAGGGAAGGAGGUCCAUUUCCUGCGGCCUGCGGACCCUACACAGCCAAGCCCCUUCCAGCAACAGCAGGGGCUGAGGCAUGUCGUCUUCACAGCAGAGACUCACAACUUCCCUACAGGGGUGGCCCCCUUCAGUGGUGCUACCACAGGCACUGGGGGCCGGAUCCGAGAUGUCCAGUGCACAGGCCGUGGGGCCCAUGUGGUGGCCGGCACUGCUGGUUAUUGCUUUGGAAACCUGCAUAUCCCAGGUUACAGUCUACCCUGGGAGGAUUCCAGCUUCCAGUAUCCUGGGAACUUUGCCCUGCCCCUGGAGGUUGCCAUUGAGGCCAGUAACGGGGCAUCUGACUAUGGCAACAAGUUUGGGGAACCAGUGCUGGCUGGCUUUGCCCGUUCCUUCGGGCUCCAGCUCCCAGAUGGCCAGCGGCGUGAGUGGAUCAAGCCUAUCAUGUUUAGUGGGGGCAUUGGGUCCAUGGAGGCUGAGCAUGUGAGCAAGGAGCCUCCAGAGCCAGGCAUGGAGGUUGUAAAGGUGGGGGGUCCUGUCUACAGGAUUGGAGUUGGGGGUGGAGCAGCUUCGUCGGUGCAGGUGCAGGGAGAUAAUGCCAGCGAGCUGGACUAUGGAGCAGUGCAGCGGGGAGACCCGGAGAUGGAACAGAAGAUGAAUCGCGUGAUCCGAGCUUGUGUGGAGGCCCCCACGAGGAACCCCAUCUGCAGCCUCCAUGACCAGGGUGCUGGUGGCAAUGGCAACGUCCUGAAGGAGCUGAGCGAGCCAGCGGGAGCCAUCAUUUACACCAGCCGCUUCCAGCUGGGGGACCCCACCCUGAAUGCCCUGGAAAUCUGGGGGGCUGAGUACCAGGAGUCAAACGCGCUGUUGCUAAGGCCCCUGCACCGGGACUUCCUGACUCGCGUCAGUGUGCGGGAGCGCUGCCCGGCUAGCUUCGUGGGCACCAUCACUGGAGACAGGAGGAUUGUGCUGGUGGAUGAUCGCCAGUGUCCUCUGGGAGGAAAUGGCCAGGGGGAUGCUCCCCCAACCCCCGUGGACCUGGAGCUCGACUGGGUGCUGGGCAAGAUGCCUCAGAAGAAGUUCAUCCUCCAGAGGGAACCCCCUGUGCUGCAGCCCCUGGCCUUGCCCCCAGGACUGAGUGUGCGCCAGGCUCUGGAGCGGGUUCUGAGGCUGCCUGCAGUGGCCAGCAAGCGCUACCUCACCAACAAGGUGGACCGCUCCGUGGGAGGCCUGGUGGCCCAGCAGCAGUGUGUGGGGCCUCUGCAGACUCCCCUGGCAGACGUAGCAGUGGUGGCACUGAGUCACCAGGAGCUUGUAGGGGCCGCCACAGCCCUGGGAGAGCAGCCAAUCAAGAGCCUGCUGGACCCCAAGGUCGCCGCCCGCCUGGCUGUGGCUGAAGCCCUCACCAACCUGGUGUUUGCUCUGGUCACCGACCUCCGGGACGUGAAGUGCAGUGGGAACUGGAUGUGGGCAGCCAAGCUCCCUGGGGAGGGUGCAGCUCUGGCUGAUGCCUGUGAGGCUAUGGUGGCCAUGAUGGCGACCCUGGGUGUGGCAGUGGACGGUGGCAAGGACUCUCUCAGCAUGGCUGCCCGAGUCGGCACUGAGACUGUGCGGGCUCCUGGGUCGCUGGUCAUCUCGGCCUAUGCUGUCUGUCCAGACAUCACAGCCACCGUGACCCCAGACCUCAAGCAUCCUGGAGGGGCAGGCCGUGUGCUCUACGUGCCCCUGAGCCCUGGGCGGCACCGGCUGGGGGGCACUGCCCUGGCCCAGUGCUUCUCCCAGCUCGGGGAUCAGCCUCCUGACCUGGACCUUCCUGAGAACUUGGUGCGUGCUUUCUGCAUCACCCAGGGGCUGCUGAAAGACCGCCUGCUCUGCUCAGGCCAUGACGUCAGCGAUGGAGGCCUCGUCACCUGCCUGCUGGAGAUGGCCUUCGCUGGCAACUGUGGGAUAGAGGUCGAUGUGCCUGCCCCUGGGGCCGACGUGUUGCCGGUGCUGUUUGCUGAGGAGCCGGGCCUGGUGCUGGAAGUGCAGGAGGCACACCUGGCUUCCGUGCUGCAGCGUUUCCGGGGUGCUGGCCUGCAGUGCCUGGAGCUGGGCCGCACAGGCGAGGCCGGGCCCCACGCCACGGUCCGCGUGUCGGUGAACGGAUCUGUGGUUCUGGAAGAGCCUGUGGGGCAGCUGCGAGCCCUGUGGGAGGAGACGAGCUUCCAGCUGGACCGGCUGCAGGCGGAGCCACGCUGUGUGGCAGAGGAGGAACAGGGCCUGAGGGAGAGGACAGGGCCCAGCUACUGCCUGCCCCCCACCUUUCCCAAAGUCUCUGUGCCCCGUGAACCUGGAGGCCCUGCGCCCCGAGUUGCCAUCCUUCGAGAAGAGGGCAGUAAUGGGGACCGGGAGAUGGCUGAUGCCUUCCACUUGGCUGGGUUUGAGGUGUGGGAUGUGACCAUGCAGGACCUCUGCUCUGGGGCCAUCGGGCUGGACACGUUCCGUGGUGUGGCCUUCGUGGGCGGCUUCAGCUACGCAGACGUCCUGGGCUCUGGCAAAGGAUGGGCUGCGGCUGUGACCUUUAAUCCACAGGCUGGAGGUGAGCUGAGGCGCUUCCGGAAGCGGCCAGAUACCUUCAGCCUGGGCGUGUGUAACGGCUGUCAGCUGCUGGCUCUGCUGGGCUGGGUGGGAGGCGACCCCGAGAAGGAGGAGGAGGCAGGCCAUGACUCCUGGCCAGCCCAGCCCGGCCUCCUGCUGCGCCACAACCUGUCCGGGCGUUUUGAGUCUCGCUGGACCAGCAUUCGCGUGGGUCCUGGGCCAUCUGUGAUGCUGCGAGGAAUGGAGGGUGCCGUGUUGCCUGUGUGGAGCGCCCACGGGGAAGGCUACAUGGCAUUUUCUUCUCCUGAACUCCAAGCCCAGAUUGAGUCCCGGGGCUUGGCCCCACUGCACUGGGCAGACGACGAUGGGAACCCGACGGAACAGUACCCUCUGAAUCCCAACGGGUCUCCAGGGGGCGUGGCUGGCAUCUGCUCCCGUGAUGGGCGCCACCUGGCUCUCAUGCCUCACCCCGAGCGGGCUGUGAGGCCGUGGCAGUGGGCUUGGCGGCCCCCUCCGUUUGACACCCUGACCACCUCCCCCUGGCUCCAGCUCUUCAUCAAUGCCCGAAACUGGACCCAGGAAGGAAGCCGCUGAGGGAGGCUCACCAGGCCUCAUGAUUUGGCCGUCCCCUGAGGGUCUGCUGCUCUGCUCUCCAUGCCACCACCCCUUCAGGGGCAGCUGUGUUUCCAGAAGGAUCUCGGACAGACAAGGACCACGGUGCCAGCCACAUCCCAGGGGACUUGAUGAGACUCCACCUGUUUCUGCUCUGAUGUGCAGGGCAUGUGGCUCAGAGGAGGGAGCCUGCAGUGGGAAGUCAGGGUGCAGGGAGGGGUUCCCCAGGCUGCCCCUGGUUUCCCCCAUAAGCAGCAGCCAUAUUGCGCCCCAGUUGCCUCCUCUGGGCUCCGAGCCGUGCUUUAUGUCCCCUUUCCUCACCCCUGGGGGUUCGAGGAUGGGGCCAGGGCCACACAAGGUACAGCUCAGCCCUGGGACCUCGUAUGCUCAUCUGGAAAACAGAAGCUUCCUGUUGUCCUGCUAAAACGCUGAGCUGUGCUGAGCAUAAGGAAUUCUGCAGACGUUUCCUUGACAAGGUUUCCUGCAGCCAGUGUGGUGCUGGCCCCUGAGCUCCAUAUUCCCAGUAGCUGCUUCUGCUCAUUGUAGCAGCCCCCUUGCUGAUAAAAGUGGUUCGCAUGGCACCCUCACCCCUGGAUCAGAGCCUUAGGGCACUGGAGCGCUACCUCUUCCUUCCCUUCAUGUUCGCUGACAGCCUCGCUGUUCCCAGGAAGCUUAUGGUCUGAAAGAAUUGAAAAUAAUAGCUGUAUAUAGCACCACAAGCCAGGCAGGUGCUAGCUAUUUUGUGUGUAUUUCACUGAAUUCUCACAAAAGGUCAGCAAAGAUACUUGACCACCCUCUCUUUAACAAAGGGAGAAUCAAAGUUAGUGAAGUUGCCUAGGGUCUCACUCUUUGUAAGUUACAGCCGGGAGACCCUGCUCCUUGGGGCUGGAGAGACCUGGAUGGAGUUCCAGUCUUUUGGCUUCAGCCUGGCUAUUGGGGCCACUGGAGAGUGAACCAGUGGAUGGACGGUCUGCUCUGCCUCUGUACUCUACCUUUGAAAUCGAUAAGUAGAUCUUGGGGGCCGGCGCUGUGGCUUACUUGGUUAAUCCUCCACCUGCGGUGACAGUAUCCCAUAUGGGCACCAGGUUCUAGUCCUGGUUGCUCCUCUUCCAGUCUCGCUCUCUGCUGUGGCCCAGGAGGGCAAUGGAGGAUGGCCAGGUGCCUGUGCCCCUGCACCCACAUGGGAGACCAGGAAGAAGCACCUGGCUCCUGGCUUCGGGUCAGCACAGCACCAGCCAUAGUGGCCAUUUGGGGAGUGAACCAACAGAGGGAGGACCUUUCUCUCUGUCUCUCUCUCACUGUCUAACUCUGUCAAAUUAAAAAAAAAAAAAACCUCUGUCAAAAAAAAAAAGGUAAAUCUUUAAAAAAAACCAAAAAACAUGCUGUAAACUGCAGAUAAUGAUGACCUCCACUUUGUAUGCCUGAGUUCUACAAACUUUAAACCAUUUACAACAACACCCAAGACUAAUAACCUAACACCAUGCACCAUGCCCGGCACCUACUAUAUACUCAAUAAACGUGAUGAAAAAAUACAA